AUGGGCUGCCCGUGCCAUUCGUCGCUGUCAUUAUUUUCGUCGUCCUCGCAAGUGUUCUGUGCGUUCAAAAAAUUGAUGUUUUUUGUGUUGGCCCAACCAAAUCUGGACCGGAAAAGGGUCACAUUCCUUCUCCCGGUCGGUGCGCGACGUUGUUCCUUUGUGUGCGAUACACGCACCGUGGUACCGGGCCCGUAAAAGGCGUAUUGCUCGUCGCGUCACAGUGUGUUUGCUGCUACUGCUGCUGCCGGAAUCGUUUCGAGACAGUGCUCGCCCGUGCACAAGCACACGGUGUGUGAAAGAAAGUGUGUGUGUGUGUAUGUGCGCGCGAUUCUAGGUGAAAAUAACAAAACCGGGGUCGGUUGGUAGAAGGAAAAACGGGCCCCCACCUCCCCGUAUUGGUGUAGUGCAUAACCCGAAAAGGUGACAUUGGGUGUGUGUUACAAAGUGAUGUUGACGGGGUUUUCGGUGUGUCUGCGUCUCCGGUUAGCAAGCUCCAACACCCGGAUUCCGAGACAUCCUUCACAUCAAACAUACAGCUUCCCGGUGCGAAAGUGUUUCCAUGCGGCAUCCUAAGCUAGUGGCACUCGACGAACCAGCAAAGUGAAAGAUACGUUUCCGUUGUUGUCACAGGAGCCCGAGCCUAGUCUGUGUACUGGCCCAGAGAGUCUUCGGUCCGACGUUGGAAGUGUAUGUGUGAGUGUGUUUCGCUCCUUUCGUCGCACUCGUUAUCCUUAUCCAAAACCGCAGUUUCCGUUCGUGUGAAACAGUACGCACACACUGAAACAUUCGUGAAGGUGCUAGAGUUUUUUCGCUGUGGCGAGUUAGGUGUGCAAGUCUGUGUGCGCUGUGGAAGGAGCAAGAGCUGCUGGUGCCAAAAGUCACGCGGAAGAAAGUUCCCGGUGGGAAAUAGCUAAUGAUUAACGAUACACAACCAAACAGUGCGGAGCUGUCGGGUGUGUAGCGGCGGUCUUCAAGGCAGUAAAGAUUCUAACAGACGUCUAACCCCACAUCGGGUUCGUGUAGCGGAUGCGGAAGUGAAACGCUUGAAGAAGGGAACCUCGUGUGUUCUUGAUUUAAACGGUGCACAGUGUUAGUGUGUGAAUGUGUGUGUGUGUGUGCAAGUGGUACCUGUAAAAGGAAAACCUCGGGGGAAUUCUAAGGGAUAGGAAGGUGAAUCGUACGGUGUGAGACUUGUGUGUGAUAGAUUUGUGUUUCCGGUGCUACACUUCCUUUUUCGCUGGUUCGGCCUGGAAGUAGUCCCUCGUACGUGGUUUCUAUUUUGGUUUGUUGCUACAACAGCAGCAAAAGAGAAAGGCAACAAAAAUCGCUUUUCCCUCCCUUUUUUCUUCUGUAAGACUUCCGGGCGUGUAAGGAGCUUCGGCUGGUUUUGUGGAAGAUCGUUAGCUGCUACUGCUGUUGCUGCUACUGCUCCAGCAAGACUCCCCAUCACACUCAAUCAACGGAUUUCGGAUCAUUCUUUGAGACAGGUGUUAACAUAAAAGACGGCCACCAUAGAGUUGACAUCUUCCGUGCUAUGAUGGGAUCUUCUGCAUUAUGACAAUAACAACAAUUCAAGAACAAGUGAGAAACAACUUCGGGGCCUCAACAUGAGCUCACGUCACGCCUUCUACACCGUCGAGGUGGGCGACACCAAGUUUACCAUUCUAAAGCGAUACCAAAACCUGAAACCGAUCGGAUCCGGUGCUCAAGGCAUUGUUUGUUGAGUCACACCUUACCACUACUUCUGCCUCGUGUUGUCGUUGUUUUGCACACAUUUUGUGGUUUUAUUUUUUUAAAUUUUAAUUGCCGUAUUUCUCAUUGUGACACAACACAGUCAAACCGUAGCUACCUGCACACCUACCCUCUGUAAAGUUGCGUGUGCGUUGAUUGAAUUCCCUCCAGCUCCGUCCACAGCUUGGAUUGGAUUGCUUUAAGCCUUGCCGGUCCGAGAUUCCCUAUUUGCAAAAGUUUGUAUGGGUGUGCUGUCUAGUCAUACGAAAGCGAAGGACCGAACGAAACCGCUCACAAAAGAGCCUCGGCAGGGGCAGCCGCCGCCGCAGCAGCAGCAGCAGCAGCACACCGUUGCAAACAUGAACCGAAGAGCGAACAACUAUGUGCGGGUCCAGUUCGGGGACACGGAGUUCGAGGUCCCGGAUCGGUACAUCAAUCUCGAGGCAAAAGGCUUCGGUGCCCAGGGCACGGUGUGUGCCGCAUACGAUACAGUAACACAGCAGAAUGUGGCCAUCAAAAAGCUAUCAAGACCUUUCCAAAAUGUCACUCACGCCAAACGAGCCUACAGGGAGUUUAAGCUUAUGAAAUUAGUCAAUCAUAAAAAUAUCAUUGGACUGCUGAACGCGUUCACUCCGCAGCGUACACUAGAAGAGUUCCAGGAUGUGUACCUCGUUAUGGAGCUUAUGGACGCGAACCUCUGCCAGGUCAUACAGAUGGAUCUGGACCACGAGCGGAUGUCCUAUCUGCUCUACCAGAUGCUGUGCGGCAUCAAGCAUCUCCACUCGGCUGGAAUUAUUCACCGGGACUUGAAGCCAUCCAACAUCGUGGUGAAAUCGGACUGCACACUCAAAAUAUUAGAUUUCGGGCUGGCGCGUACGGCCGGCACCACGUUCAUGAUGACACCGUACGUCGUCACGCGGUACUACCGUGCGCCGGAGGUGAUCCUCGGCAUGGGCUACAAGGAGAACGUCGACAUCUGGUCGGUCGGCUGCAUCAUGGGCGAGAUGAUACGCGGUGGCGUACUGUUCCCCGGCACAGAUCAUAUUGAUCAGUGGAAUAAAAUCAUUGAACAAUUGGGUACUCCGUCCCAGUCCUUUAUGGCACGGUUACAGCCAACCGUGCGAAAUUACGUGGAAAAUCGGCCCCGCUACACGGGGUACCCGUUCGAUCGGCUCUUCCCGGACGUACUGUUUCCGACCGACUCGAACGAACACAACCGACUGAAGGCUAGUCAGGCGCGGGAUCUGCUCAGUAGAAUGCUGGUGGUCGAUCCGGAGCAUCGCAUCUCGGUCGAUCAGGCGCUGGUGCACAGCUACAUCAACGUAUGGUACGACGAGAGUGAAGUUAAUGCGCCCGCACCCGGUCCGUACGAUCACAGCGUGGACGAGCGCGAACACACGGUCGAACAGUGGAAGGAGCUGAUCUACCAGGAGGUGAUGGAGUACGAGGCGCGCAAUAAUCUGGCGGAUGGUGAGGGUGCUCCACGGUAGAAACCGGAGGGCAGCUGUACCGUGAGUUCCGGAUCACAGCCAACUUCAGCAACGGACGAGGCAAUGGCGGCAGCAGCAGAAGCAGCAGAAGCAUCAUCAACCACGGCAGCAGCAGCAGAAGAACUGCAGCCUCCAUCAGAGGAGCCACCCGAUGCCAUGUCGCCUGCUGAGGAGUAAGCGACGGCCGCUCCCUCUAUUGCAAAAAUGUAUGUAAACACUUCAAUCCCUGUGUUCCCCCGCCUGGGCGAGUGACGUGGCAACGGAAAAGUCAAGCAAUAAGGCCGGGCCAUUUAGCAAAACAGCAACACCCUCUCCCGUUGGCCGUGUACGAUCGUUGGACUGGUCUGGACUGGUAGGAUCUCCAAGAAGAAGCAGUGACAAAAAAAAAACACAGGUAAGCGUUCGCGAGUGUGUGUGUGUGUGUGUGCUGCAGCAGAAGUGAUAAGGUUUCAAGUAUCUAUCCUAGCGUAGAGAAAGGAAAUGGGGCGUGUGGAAGGUGAUGAUGAUCGGUAAAGGGGCCGCACACCUGCAACAAUAACGCUCUCCUCGCACACAUCCUCUCUCUAUCUCUGGUCAUAUAAUAAGUGCAAUAAUUUUCGUGAAGCGCGCCAUUAAAGCGAUGGUUACACGCACACACACAGAGUGCAGCACAAACCAAAAUUGUGAGUGUGUGUGUGUGCGGGCGCGCACGAACGGACGAGAGAAACGUGAUAUUUACUACUACAGCCUGUGUGGCCAACGUCCUUUUAGUAGAAAUCGGGGGAAAAAUGGAGAUAAGUAACGCCACGUAACAACCACAAGCUCCCGCAUAACGCGUAACGCUAAGCUCUACCACUAUUGCUGCUGUGUGUUGCGGCGUAGAGCUGUGAAGACAAACGACCUUUUUUUUUUACUUUUGGUAAUUUUCGACUUUUUUGUGUAAUUUAUUUACCUAAUCGAACUAAUGACACAGUGGUUUUCAUAAAAGUAUAAAUAAUGCAGCUCUUUUUUUCUCUCUUCAAAAAUGCGACAAGAUGGUGUAAGAGUGGGUAUAAGAUAAAAGGAUUGUUCGGAUUGUAUAAUAAUUCCAUCUAGCUUCAUUUUGAACACCACUCAGCCCAUACAUACACACUGCCCUUCUACUUGAAGUAUAGGGACAAAAAAGACUCGAAAAUAAAGACACAACCCCACGGACAGUCAGACAGACAACGGACAACGGUCGUCUCUCGCGCGCAGGGUCGAGGGACAGAAGUUUUAGGCAAAAGUCAUUUUGAAACCCACACACACACACACACUUCCUUAACCAUCAACCCUUUCAAAAAUCAUUGUGUAAAAAAAAUCCUCACACUUACACAGCAAAGCAGUUUACUAAUCACCUCCAAAAUGCGUACUUAAAAUCGGAGAUUAACCCGGAAGAUUUAUAAUACUAAAAAACCCCAUAGAGCAAAACAUUAUUUAGUUCAGUUACUAAAGGGAUAGUGAAGCGAUGCUGCUGAAGGAAAGACAACACUCGCCCUUCCUUGAAAAAAACAAAAAUAAAAAAUAGGAAAAGAGAAGAGUAAAAAAAAAGAUAAAAAUCAGUACAUUUAACGCUAAAAACUGACUACAAAAAAACAAACGCCGCUACACUUAGAUAAAACGUUUAAACCUUACAACAAAAAAGAGAAGGUUAAAGCCACAAUGGAUAAAUUGUUUAAUUCGACUUGAAGACAGAAACCAGCACACACACACACUUUGAGUAAAAGAGAAGAAAAAAAAGGUGGUGAGCAUGUGUGUGUGCGUGAGUUUUGCGUUACUUUACCACACUGAUUUAAAGCCAGACGUCGGCAGUAGUAAAGGCAGUAAAUAUUACUUUUAGUAAUUCAUAUACUAUACAUAUUAUAAAACUACAAUAAACAACAGCGGCGAGAGAUAAAAAGGUAAGAAACAGUCGUGUAAAUAGCAAACGCAAGGAAAAAAGAAAAACAAGAAAAAGGGCCGUGUGUCAUGCGGACGCAAUUCGCAAAUAAUCAAGCUAAUGCAAAUAAUAAUUACGGUUACAUGAAAGACUACUAGAAACGGUGAAUGCAAAACUAGACAAAAAGGAAUGAAAAGAGUACAGGUUUUGCUUACAGAAAUUCUCAUACUUUGUGUGUAUAAGUAGGUGAUUGCGUUGCGUCAGAGUCCGCUUCCGGGGACUCGAAAGUGAAUGUUUGUGUGAGGCAACCGAACGCGCUGUGUAAACGAGAGUGAUUAGUGUGAUCGAAUAAUACGAGCAAACGGAAGAAGAGCAGUAACACGUAAAAUAUGCAAAUAUCGUCGCUUGGUCGGUACUUCCUGCUGUUAUUAGGCGGUUUUAGAAAACCAAUAAAUAAAUAAACAAAGGAAGAAGGCAAACGAAAGAAGGAGAAUGAAACAUACAAAAACACACACACACACUAAGAAACACAAAGAAGAUAAAUAUGCGAAACAAAUUAAAUUAAUCACAAAACACAGAAACAAAAGCAGCAAACACAACGUUACCCCACCCCCCUGGCCAAGUCUCCAACCGCAAAACCAAACAGCUCCCAUUGUUCGCCCAGCCAGCCAAAGGCCUCCAUUCCUCUCUUUUUCCCCUCUCUAUUUCUAAACACUAAGCAAACACUAAUUACGUUACCUAAAGCGCUCUUUUUCUCCCUAAUCGAAUAGAAGAAGAAGAAGAAGAAGAAGGAAAAUUAAAACAAGAAAAGACGCAAAAAA